UCAGGACUGUUUUCCUGUUAGGAACUUCGCAGCAUUUGUUCUUCCAGAACUUUCUGGGAGGGUGGAGGCCUUGAGGCUCAGGCAAGCCCCGCCCCUCAGCCUCAGCCAAUUUAUUCUCUGCAAGGGCUGGUGCUGCAUGGGACCUGCUAAAGAGCUCCUGAGACAUGGAAGCCCCGCAGCUACUCUUCUUUGUGAACGGCAGGAAGGUGAUAGAAAAAAAUGUCGAUCCUGAAAUGAUGCUGUUACCGUACCUGAGAAAGAAUCUCCGUCUCACAGGAACUAAGUAUGGCUGUGGAGGUGGGGGCUGCGGUGCGUGCACAGUGAUGGUCUCACGAUACAACCCCAGCACCAAGACAGUCAGGCAUCACCCAGUCAAUGCCUGCCUGACCCCCAUCUGCUCUCUGUAUGGUACAGCCGUCACCACAGUGGAAGGCAUCGGCAGUACCAGGACCAGACUUCAUCCUAUUCAGGAGAGGCUCGCCAAGUGUCACGGCACGCAGUGUGGAUUCUGCAGUCCCGGGAUGGUGAUGUCCAUGUACACGCUGCUCAGGAACCAGCCGGAGCCCACUCUAGAGCAGCUAACUGAUGCCCUUGGUGGAAACCUGUGCCGCUGUACUGGAUACAGGCCCAUAAUUGAUGCAUGCAAGACCUUCUGUAAAGUUUCUGGCUGCUGUCAAAGUACAGAAAAUGGGGUGUGCUGUUUGGAUAAAGGAAUAAAUGGACUGGCCGAAUUUCAGGAAGCCGAUGAGACAAAUCCAGAACUGUUCUCAGAAGAGGAAUUUCUGCCACUGGACCCAACCCAAGAGCUGAUAUUUCCUCCAGAGCUAAUGAUAAUGGCUGAGAAGCAGGCACCAAAGACUAGAGUGUUUUGUGGUGACAGAAUGACAUGGAUUUCCCCAAUGACCCUGAAGGAACUCCUGGAAGCUAAAUUCAAGUAUCCCCAGGCCCCUAUUGUGAUGGGGAACACCUCUGUGGGGCCUGAAGUAAAGUUUAAAGGUGUCUUCCACUCCAUCGUAAUUUCUCCUGACAGAAUCGAAGAGCUGGGUGUCGUAAGCCAGGCCUGUGAUGGGCUGACCCUCGGUGCUGGCCUCAGCCUGGACCAGGUAAAGGACAUCCUGGCGGAUGUGGUCCAGAAGCUUCCAGAAGAGAAGACACAGACAUACCGUGCUCUCCUGAAGCACCUGAGAACUCUGGCUGGCUCCCAGAUCAGGAACAUGGCUUCUUUAGGAGGCCACAUCGUGAGCAGACAUCUGGACUCAGAUCUGAAUCCUCUACUGGCUGUGGGCAACUGUACCCUCAACUUACUAUCCAAAGAUGGAGCACGGCAGAUCCCGUUAAGCGAGCAGUUUCUCUGCAAGUGUCCUGAUGCAGAUCUUCAGCCCCAGGAAAUCUUGGUCUCAGUGAACAUCCCCUGUUCCAGGAAGUGGGAGUUUGUGUCAGCCUUUCGACAGGCCCAGCGCCAACAGAACGCACUAGCGAUUGUCAACUCAGGAAUGAGAGUCCUUUUUAGAGAAGGGGGUGGCAUCAUAAAAGAGUUAUCCAUCUUGUAUGGCGGUGUUGGCCCAACCACCAUCAGCGCUAAGAACGCCUGCCAAAGACUGAUCGGAAGGCCCUGGGAUGAGGAGAUGCUGGAUACAGCAUGCAGGCUGGUUUUGGAUGAAGUCACUCUUCUAGGCUCAGCUCCCGGUGGCAAGGUGGAGUUCAAGAGGGCCCUCAUCAUCAGCUUCCUCUUCAAGUUCUAUCUGGAGGUGUCCCAGAGUUUGAAGAGGCUGGACCCAGGUCACUAUCCUAGCCUGGCAGACCGGUAUGAGAGUGCUUUAGAAGAUCUUCAUUCAAAACAUCACUGGAGAACUUUAACCCACCAGAAUGUGGACCCAGUGCAGCUUCCUCAAGACCCAAUUGGACGCCCCGUCAUGCACCUUUCUGGCAUUAAGCAUGCCACUGGUGAGGCCAUCUACUGUGACGACAUGCCUGCCGUAGACCGGGAGCUUUUCCUGACGUUUGUAACAAGUUCAAGAGCACACGCCAAGAUUGUGUCCAUCGAUCUCUCAGAAGCUCUCAGCCUGCCGGGGGUGGUGGACAUCAUUACUGCGGAUCACCUUCAGGAAGCAAACACCUUUGCCACGGAGACAUUUCUGGCCACAGAUGAGGUGCACUGUGUGGGCCACCUUGUCUGUGCUGUGAUCGCAGAGUCUGAGACGCAGGCCAGACAAGCAGCGAAGCGAGUCAGGGUUGUCUAUCAAGACUUGGAGCCGCUGAUCCUAACUAUUGAGGAAGCUAUCCAACACAAGUCCUUCUUCGAGUCCAAUAGGAAGCUGGAGUGUGGGAAUGUUGAGGAAGCGUUCAAAACGGUUGAUCAAAUUCUUGAAGGUGAAAUACACCUAGGAGGCCAAGAACACUUUUAUAUGGAAACUCAAAGCAUGCUUGUCGUACCCAAAGGAGAGGAUGAAGAAAUUGACAUCUAUGUGUCCACACAGUUUCCCAAAUAUAUACAGGAUGUAGUUGCCUCGACCUUGAAGCUCUCAGCCAAUAAGGUCAUGUGUCAUGUAAGGCGCGUUGGUGGGGCGUUCGGAGGGAAGGUGGGCAAGACCAGCAUCAUGGCAGCCAUCACUGCCUUCGCCGCGAGCAGACAUGGCCGCGCAGUCCGCUGCAUUCUGGAAAGAGGAGAAGACAUGUUAAUAACUGGAGGCCGCCAUCCUUACCUCGGAAAGUAUAAAGCUGGAUUCAUGAAGGACGGCAGGAUCUUGGCCCUGGAUGUGGAGCACUAUUGCAAUGCAGGGAGCACCCUGGAUGAGUCGCUAUGGGUGAUAGAAAUGGGACUUCUGAAGAUGGACAACGCUUACAAGUUUCCCAACCUACGCUGCCGGGGCUGGGCCUGCAGAACCAACCUGCCCUCCAACACUGCUUUGCGUGGGUUUGGCUUUCCUCAGGCAGGGCUGGUCACCGAGGCCUGUAUCACAGAAGUGGCAGUCAAAUGUGGCCUGUCCCCUGAGCAGGUUCGAGCUGUAAAUAUGUACAAGCAAAUUGAUAGAUCCCACUACAAGCAAGAGCUCAGCGCCAAGCCCCUCAUUGAGUGCUGGACAGAAUGCAUAGCCAGGAGUUCCUACUCCACAAGGAAGGCAGCUGUGGGAAAAUUCAACGCAGAGAAUUUCUGGAAGAAGAGGGGGCUGGCCGUGAUUCCCCUGAAGUAUCCUGUGGGCCUUGGCUCAGUAGCCCUGGGACAGGCAGCUGCUCUGGUUCACGUUUAUCUUGAUGGCUCUGUGCUGGUCACUCACGGUGGGAUUGAGAUGGGCCAGGGUGUCCACACUAAAAUGAUUCAGGUGGUCAGCCGUGAAUUAAGGAUGCCGAUGUCUAGUGUCCACCUGCGUGGGACAAGCACAGAAACUGUCCCCAACACAAAUGCCUCUGGAGGAUCUGUGGUGGCUGAUCUCAAUGGGUUGGCAGUUAAGGAUGCUUGCCAGACUCUUCUAAAACGCCUUGAACCCAUCAUUAGCAACAACCCGCAUGGAACUUGGAAGGAUUGGGCCCAAGCUGCUUUUGACCAGAGCAUCAGCCUCUCAGCUGUUGGAUAUUUCAGGGGUUAUGAGUCAGACAUGAACUGGGAGAAGGGGGAAGGCCAUCCCUUCGAAUAUUUUGUCUUUGGAGCCGCCUGCUCAGAGGUUGAAAUAGACUGCCUGACUGGGGACCAUAAGAAUAUCAGAACAGACAUCGUGAUGGAUGUUGGUCACAGCAUAAACCCAGCCAUUGACAUGGGCCAGAUCGAAGGUGCAUUUAUUCAAGGAAUGGGACUUUACACCAUAGAGGAGCUGAGUUACUCUCCUCAGGGCGUUCUGUACAGUCGCGGUCCAAACCAGUACAAAAUCCCUGCCAUCUGUGACAUCCCCACGGAGAUGCACAUCUCUUUCCUGCCGCCACGUGAGCACUCAAAUACCCUGUAUUCAUCUAAGGGUCUGGGAGAGUCUGGCGUGUUCCUGGGAUGUUCAGUGUUUUUUGCCAUCCACGAUGCCGUGAGUGCGGCGCGGCAGGAGAGAGGCAUCUCUGGUCCACUGAGGCUUGAUAGUCCACUGACUCCAGAGAGGAUCAGAAUGGCCUGUGAAGAUAAGUUCACAAAAAUGAUUCCAAGAGAUGAACCUGGAUCCUAUGUUCCUUGGAAUGUGCCUGUGUGAGUCAAAUGCAAACUUCUGGAGGAACUGGCCCAAUGCCUCUGCAGAAUGCGCACGUGUGCCCCCC